AUGAAGAUUCCACAUAGAAUAGACUCACUAAGGAGCAAGUUCCUAAAAGAACGUAUUUCUAAAAGAAGUGAGAUUCUUAGUGGAAUAGACUCUUUGAUGAGCAAAUUCUUGGAUGAACAGGUUGUGCUUGGUUGUCCACUAAGUGUUGCCGGUGGAGCUCCUAUGGAGAUGAUUAUCCGGGCCAGAUCAGACCAAGCCCUGAUCAUAACAUCCCUGACACCUCCAGAUCUUAUUGGGUUAUCGAACGUUUUAUCCACCACCAAAGGCCCCAAAAAAGAUGGACUCGCUAAUCAAAGAGUCUCUCUUACCAAACCCCCUCCACCACCAUUCAUAACCCACAAAUCCACCCUACAUUUCCUUCUCUACAAGUCCCCAAAAUCAAAACUUGCAUUAGAUUUCUUCGUUCGUCGCUCCACCCGCUUCGUUUCCAAGCUCUAUUUCGGGCGGCCCAUAACCACCAUGGGUACUUGCCACACCUCGGUCGCCCAGAAGCUCUCCGAAUGUAAUAGAGUAUGGAAAAACGAGGAGGCCCUUGAAAAUGUGUUGCUUAAUUUCAAGUCUCGUCUUUUGGGUCGGAUGAUUAUAUUUUCUUGCUUCGGGAGCUUGGUAAUCGAGGAGACCGUAAGAAAGCCAUUUGUUGCUUUGAAUUUACAGUGA